AUGAAAAAAAUAUUAUUCUUAGCUAUUGCUGCAGCUUGUAUAGUAGCUUUAAUUGCAUUCAACAGUGACAUUUAAGAAUCUGUUUUUAAGAGAGUGAAAAGACACGAUAUUUGGGGACCAGCAUGCAGAUAGAAAUGCGCUGACAACAAGGGUAGUAUCUGCGGACUUGUAUCACAGGGUUGUUGCACAAUAGUAUUGAGAUUCAUAAUUUUAGGAACGUUGCUCAACAGGAUUCACUGGAUAAAAUUGCGAAGCUGGAUAUAAAUUACACAUCCCAGGAUGUACAACAGAUUGAUUAAGAUAAAUAUUAUUACAUUAUCGAUAAUUAUCAUAAUAUUUGCUUCAGGC